AGGAAAGAAAGAGUACAGCGUUUGCUUUUUAGCAGCUUUUAAUGUUAGAGAGAAUGUAAUCUCUGGGGGCAGAGCCCACUGCAGCGGGACCUCCCUCCCAAAACUGCUGGGAUAAAUCCACUUCCCCCAGCAAGGCAGGCGCCUCCUGGAAAGCACUGAGAGCCUUCCAGCCUCUCCGGAGCCGCAGGAACAGCCAUGUCCACCGGCAAGGUCUGCUGCCUGGUGCUGCUGACCCUGGGGGUGCUGGCAGUGGCAGUGACACUUGUGGUCAUCCUGACUCAGCCCAGGUGCGCUCCCCAGCAGUACCUGCACGGUGCCGUGGCUGCUGACACCGAGAGCUGCUCCCUGGUGGGACGGAACAUCCUGAAAAGUGGAGGCACAGCUGUGGACGCUGCCAUUGCUGGCUUGAUCUGCACUUCAGUGAUGAACCCUCAGAGUUCAGGCCUGGGUGGUGGGGUCAUAUUUACCAUCUAUAAUGCCAGCACAGGAACAGUUGAGGUGAUCAAUGCCCGCGAGACAGUCCCACGAGUGUUCCCUGACAAGUUAUUGUCUGGCUGUGGUGCUGAUUUUCCUAUUGGUCCCAGCUGGAUUGGCGUGCCCGGGGAGCUCCGUGGCUACGAGGAAGCCCACAGGCGACACGGCCGCUUGCCAUGGAAAGCCCUGUUUGAACCAACCAUCCAGCUUCUCUCUGAGCCACUUGCCAUCUCCCCAGUGGUGGACAGAAUUCUCCAGCACCCAGCCUUGUCUGCUCCGGGGAAGAGCCUGUGCCCACUGCUAUGUGAUGGUCAGAGGUUCCUGAGGCGCGGCGAGACCUUCCGCUGGCGAGCGCUGCAGCGAACCCUGCGAGCCGUAGCAGAACACGGAGCUGCAGCGCUCUACGGGGGAGAGAUCGGCCAGGCCCUGCUGCAGGACAUCAGCAAGGCUGGGUCCAGUCUCUCACUGGAGGACCUUAGGGAGUACAAAGCAGAGGUGUCCUCAGCUCUGAACAUCACCCUGAAGGACCACACCAAGGUAUUUGCUCCAGGACCGCCCAUGGGAGGUGCAGUGCUCAUGUUCAUCCUCAAGGUACUGGAAGAGUAUAAAUUCCAUAAAGGAUCACUGGCAACACCUGAGGAGAAGGUAGAAACCUAUCACUACAUUGCAGAGGCCCUGAAGUUUGGCAACAUGCUAAGACCCAACAUGAGUGACCCAGCCUUCUCUGAAGCUCAGGUGCCUCUGGGGACUCUGCUGUCCGACCAGUUUGCUGAGUUUGUGAGGCAGCAGAUAGACACUCGUGGCGACCACCCACUCAGCCACUACAGCCUGCUGGAGCCCCUCCCCAGUGGCAAAUACAGGAGCAUGGGCACGAGCCACAUCUCCGUGCUGGCUGCGGACGGCAGCGCCGUGUCUGCCACCAGCACCAUCAACUACCCGUUUGGCUCCUUGGUGUAUUCAAACCAAACUGGGAUCAUUUUAAAUAAUGAACUUGCUGACUUCUGCAUAGCAAACAGAAGCAUUAAACCAGGAGAGAAGCCUCCCUCAGCAAUGGUGCCUUCCAUCCUCAUCUCCAAGUCAGGAGACAUGCUGGUGAUCGGAGGAGCUGGGGGGGGCUGGAUUAUCAGUGCUACCACCAUGGGGAUUAUAAACAAGCUGUGGUUUGGCUACGACUUGGAACAUGCCAUUUCAGCUCCUGUCAUGCACACCCAGGGUGACAGUGUCCUAUUUGAGGAGUCCUUCAGCAAGGAGGUUAAGACUGGCCUGCUGGGAAGAGGACAUAAAGAAAAGAAAGAUAAAUUUGCAAUGAAUGUUGUACAGGGAAUUUCCAAGGAAGGAAAAUGCAUCUCUGCUUACUCUGAUAAAAGGAAGCUGGGGAAAUCAGCUGGAUAUUAGUGUGAAAUGCCACCAUAACUCACAAAGCCACAGGAGAUUCAGAACAUGCUUUGCUUGGACAUGCCCAUAAUUUCCUGUUCCCACCAGGAUGUCUCCUGGAGCAUGGGCACAGACUGUGGUUACAUCUAAUUCCAGCAGACUGCAGGUCACCCUCAGCCAGUACAAGGAGAGGUCAGCCAACCUUGUUUAGAGCUACACCUUUCAUUACUUAUGUGAUACACAGAGAACAUAUUGAGCACAUCAGUUACUCAGAAUGAGAGAAUACGAAGCGUGAAAGGAAAAUUGGUCCAAACCCCACUGAGAACACUGUGAAAUGUGGAGCUGUAUCCUCCAUUCCUGAUGGAGUCUGGGUUUCUUUCAGGCUGCUCCACAAUAAGCUUAUUGCUGGGGCUCAGCAAUAUGAAACACACAACUAUUUUAGCUAUGAGCAAGAAGCGUCUGUAGGGUGAAGGAUUUUAAAAUCUGAAGCAUUCAGGCUUAGAGCGUGGAUUUGGAAAGGGAAGAGAACAAAAUUCCACACUCUUCCUCUGUUUUCCCAUCCAAAGAAACCCAGCUUUUCCCCAAGGUGGCAGAUGAAACCACACACCAUGGCACAGGUGCUGCCCUGCCUGCUGCUCUCUGCCUCGGGGGCGCAAAGGACCCCACAAAGGCUCGGGGUAACUGCACCAACACUUCCUCCAGCCCUGCACACUGCGACUCUGAGAACAGCCUCCCAUGGGACAUGUGGUUUCCCUGCUCCUGGGACCAACAGGCUCCAGCUCAGCUCCCUGGAGCUGCCUCUCCUCUCCCUGUGGCGAGAUGGGUCCAGCUGUGCCAGCUCUCCCUCCUCCACACCGGUACAUCAGUCUCUGGGAAGGCAGGUCAGGAAGGCAGCAGAAAUGCUGUGUUUGGAAACUGUAGAACUUUCUUCAAAUUGCAAAGUACGUGUGAUCAGGAGAUGUCAUUCGUAGCCCUGAGCUCGGCCUGGCCAGGCAAACACCAGAGCUGCUGAGAAGUGAUGCAGCACUAUUGGGCAUUAGCUACAUGCUCCAAAUCCCUGUUUACCACAGCUGGGCUCUAGUGCUCUCUUCAGACCACAAGGAGGGCAUUGUAGGACUCUAACAACUAUCACAGAAAGAGAAAACUUUAGAAGAAGAGACCUGAACACAAAAGGUCCUGGAUUUUGCACCUGGAUGCAAAAGGUCUUUUGCAGUUAAUCCAUAACUUUGCCCUGCUCAAAACGGCCAAGAGAAUGAAACAUUUAAGAAAGUAAAACCUAAAACCCACAAAACCCCCAAUGCUCUUCAAAUAUGCAGGGUCAAAUUCCCAGAAUCCUCCAAAAUUCCAUUUUCUGGAAGCUUUUGAGCCUGACUGCCCUGUGGGCACAGUGUGUGUCUGACAGAGAAA